AUGGUCAAGUUUUUCGUUUGCAGUUUCUUGUUCGUGAUCGCAGCCUGCGCUGGCAAUGCCUACGCUGAAGCCAUUCAGGGUGGCGUAGCCACCACUAGUUCUGCUCAUCCUUACGUUGUCUCCUUGCAGACUAGCGAUGGUACACGCAUCUGUGGUGGCGCUUUGAUCAAUACCAAAAAUGUUGUGACCGCUGCCAGUUGUUUAAGCAACUACGAUGUCUCCCAAUUGCUGGUUGGUGUUAAUAAUGGCGCUAAAACUGUAAAAAUUGCUGCUUCCGGCUUCGAUCCCAGCUAUGAUUUCACCACUAAUGAAAAUGAUGUUGCCGUUUUGAAAUUGGCUGAAGCAGUGAGUGUGGGUUCCAUUGCAUUGGCUUCCAGUGCUCCAUCAAGUGGCGCAAGUGGUGUCGUUACUGGCUGGGCUUCUGGUAGUAGUCUUGUAGAUGUUAAUGUGAGCGUAUUGAGUGCCGAAGAAUGCGGUUCCGGUGAUUACAAGUACAGCGAGGAUGAGAUUUUGGAUUCAAUGUUGUGCGGUCUUGCUACGAAUAGCCAAGCCUGUGGUGGUCUAGCUGGUAAUCCAGUUGUGGUCAACAAUCAAUUGGUUGGUGUAGUAUCUUGGGGUUAUGGCUGUGGCAACAAGGGCAACCCAUCUGUCUUCGCUAAUGUAGCCGCAUUACGCACAUGGAUCAAUAAGGAAGUAGCAAGUUUGUAA